ACCGAAGCGAGAGGCAGAGGAGCGGGGAGCGGCGAGAGCUGCUCGUCCCGGAGGAGAGAGGACGGCUACCGGGACGGGGUGGGCUGGGAGCCCCUUCCCUCCGGCGGGGAAAACAGCAGCGCAGCGGGAGGAAGCAAAAUGAUGGUCCAACACUCAGGCCAGGUAUCUGCCUUAGAAGUCAGCGCCUCCGCAAUUGUUCCCACUUUGUCCCCUGCAGGCUCACUGGGGUUUGAUGAUUUCACAAAUUUAACCCCACUGGUGAAAGAGGAACUGCGGUUCGCCAUUCAGAAUAAGCGUCAGUCCCACAGGAUGUCUUCUACACUGGACACGGUGACAGUUUCUGAAAGGCCAAUUGAAACAUCAAUCAUGAAAACGGAGUUUUCUCCUGAAGAGGAUGAAAGAAAAAAGCGAAGAAGGGAAAGGAACAAAAUUGCUGCUGCAAAGUGCCGAAACAAAAAGAAGGAGAAAACAGAAUGUUUGCAGAAAGAAUCAGAAAAGCUGGAAACUAUCAAUGCAGAAUUAAAAGCCCAGAUUGAAGAGCUAAAGAACGAGAAGCAGCAUUUGAUAUACAUGCUAAACCUUCACAGGCCCACUUGUAUAGUGCGGGCACAAAACGGAAGGACACCUGAAGAUGAAAGGAAUCUUUUUAUUCAACAGAUCAAAGAAGGCACGUUACAAGGUUAAGUGAUAUGGCAAACAUGGAAAUAUUUAUAGUGUUUUUAACAACUACCAGAAUCCAUGGAGAAUCUGACAUAAUGUGUAGGAUUCUAUUAGUCAAGAGCCUUUAGGAAGGGCAGAUUGCUUUCUUAAGCGGAAAGAAUCAUUUUGGCUUGACAGCGAUUCUUCCCCUUGGAAGAUCUGGUCUCAAUCAAAUUGAAGAGUCUUCUGCCUCAAAUAUAGGUUUUGCACCUGUCAUACUUGCUGUUCCUAGGAGCUACAGACGACAGCUUCAGAAGUUUUAGCUCUCUGCUAGUAUACAGUAUCUGCACUCACGACGUUUGUGCUAGAACACUAUGACUUCCGAUGAUGCACAUGGUACAGACAACUGUGCUGGAUGGACACUACUUUUCCUUGUUGCUGGUAGGGAAAGCAGACUGAGAGUAUUUUUAAAGUUUCGAAGUUUCCAGGGGGAUGGUUUCUGGCAGAACGUACCGAUACGUAAUGUUGCACUCUAACCUAACUCCAUACACAAACACACAAAAAGCCUUCAGUUCCAACUAAGCUUUGUCAUUUUUUUCACAACACUUGUGUGGUUUUUGUUUUUUUUUUUCAAUGACUCAUCUCAGAGACUGAAUUUGAAAAGCCUAGUAGGUGUGACAAAGCAAUGAUGUUUCUUGCAAAAGGUCCAUGUAGCUAAGUUUGUGUUUUAUGAGCUGGAACCCUAAAUACUAUCCUUCGGGGACUACAAUUUUUCCUUGAAUUGCUGAAUGGCAGCUUGUACAACCACUUGGUGACUCAGUGAAUUGGACCUACCAGAAAGAGGAGACUAACUAUUGAGGGAUAUUGAUACAGGUUUUGUCCGAGUAAAGUACUGCAGGACUGAAUCCCAGGCUCAUGAGUCAUUAAAAGUUGGGUUUUUUAAAAAAUAAUCGAUUUAAUCUAGGAUGUAAUCCUACAAGCCUUAAUUCAUGCUCUUAAUCCUUACUCACGGAAGAGGUUCUAUAGACUUCAGUGGAUCUACUUAUACAGGUAGCUCUUAUAAGCAUAAGAGCUUGACAAAGCUUUUUUCCACCCUGGUCAGGGUUACUUCCUUUUGCCAGGUGAUUCAGAGGGAAAAAACUAUGAUUGCAGCUACUUUUAUUUCACGUUUGAGUGGCAACUACAGUCAGCAGAAGUGUUACUUAGAAUCUAAAGGAGGCAAGAGUUUUGUUGUAGUGAGUAAUUGUUUUUAUUUUUUAUUAAAUACUAACUGUAGAUGUUUUUGAACUGGUUGGUAGAAGAGCUGCUGGACAAAACAGUUGGAGCUAUGAGUGUUUAAAUUCUGAUGUUUCUGUGAAAUUCUCAGAUUGUUUAAUCCUAUAAAAUAUAUCCUUACAAUUUUUUGUAAAAGAAAAUAUUAUCCUUAUUUAUCACUAAUAUCAUCAUGAGUAAAGUUAAUAAAUACUGCGAGCAAGAUAAAACUGAAAACACAAGUGUUGUGCUGUCUUUUUACUUUUAUCUGUUGGUGUUGAAUAUUAUAUAUUCCUAAACUUCACCAGUUGUAUUUGAGACACCACUAUUGAAAACACUUAUCCCUCAUCUUUUUCACAGAUGAGGCACUGAGUAUGUUGAAUGAAUGGGUGCAGAGAUUAUACCUUCCAAAAUUCUGUACCUCCAUCGGUGGUGUCUAGCUGCUCAGUGUCACAAUUUAUGUGAAGCAGAAAAUAAGAAUGGAGCUUACUGUACAUAAUAUUUUACACCAGUUACGCAGUGUUGAAAUUGUGUUUUUUGUUCUAAAGGCUAAAAUUAAAGAUACCUCAGCCAUAAGCUUCUUACCCUACAAGUCCUAGAUGAGUCUACCAGAUAUCAUACCUGAUCCUUAUAUGAUCAUUAUAUUCUGCAACAGAACUUCUUAGUACAUUUUCCUAAGAUCUGGAUAUAUUGUAAUGUCCUAUAUCACGCUUUAAAGAUAUGUACUUCCUGUAUCUGAAAAGUGACUGUAUUACAGAGAUGAUGUACAAGGUCCGAUUCUGUCCUGAGAAUCCAUUGUCUUUCUGUAUGUUGGAAGGAGCUUCCAUUGACUUCAAUGAGAGUUUCAUUCAUGCCCCGUAGGCAGAGUUUGGAGCCUCUGAUACAACUUCCUUGGUUUAGAGGGCAAGUUCCACGGGGAAUUGGGCCAGCUGUUUAUCAGAGAAUGGAUAUACAUGAAGUGUGUUACAAUAAACUUGUCAAACAAUGUU